AUGCACGCGAUCGGCAGCAUCGAUGACAACAUCGUCUGCAGCUCGGACGAUCCAGAGUACGUAUGCAAUGCUGAGAGGCUGGCCGUGUUGAAGGGCCAGUACCGAUUGGUCGACAGGGACACCAACAACAUGAAUGCUCCAGACAGCUACAUCGCGGGCCACGCGAUCACGACUACUUCGGACACGCGGAGGGUAGUCAUCCCAGUGGGUUGGCCAGACCCGAAGCCGACUUUCGAAGUGAAUUAUUACAGCGGCAAGAGAGGCACAUGGAUCAGACACAACAAAGCCAUCACGGCCGAGGAGGUGAUGGGCACGGAGGAAAAAUUGAACAUGAAGGUGUGUUGGAAGAACGCGCAGAGGAGUCAAACAUUUCCGACUGAGUACAUAGCUCAGGUUGGCACGAUCUCCCUCAUCGAUUCCCAUGAGCUAGCCGACAGCCACGUCAGCUUGACUACCACCGUGCAGGGCCAGACCUCACCGCACGCACCUCUGAUCAUCAGCUUCAGGACCGACGAUGCGCAGGCUGGUUCCCGCUACGGGCAGGUGCAGGGAAUGACGCGUGUGCGCGUGACUUUCUACCAGACGACGGUGCUCGAACCACGGUUCAUCGACGGUAGCAGUAUCGACGAGUUUGCUGGCGAGGAUGAAUUGAGCGAGGCCAAGCAAUACAUCUGCGGAAAGUUGUUCAAGGAAAUGUGGUCCUCAGACACGGAAUUUGGUUUCCCCUUGCCCCGGGGGUGCUAUUACCACGUGUAUGGCGACAGUCGGGAGAUCAACAUUCUCCUCGACACCCGCAACGGACUGAGGGGCGGCUAUGAUUACCAGUUGGUUCUCACUGGCGUCGUGCAGCAGGGGGCCGUCCAGGGUGGCGAGUAUGUUGAGAUUCUCACCAUGGACGACACUGACGAGUACCCCUACCGAGCUAUCGAGCGCGGGCUGGCGUCGUUAAGCAAGGAUGGGCAAAUCGGCGCAUUCGGGGACAGCGGUGUCAUGUUCAGCAGCGAGGGCUUGACGGUAUCAGGCGGUUCGGACGUGGGUUUGAUUGAGUUUUCGGAAGGCGCCGUUUUCUCUGUGGAGCUACGAGGGGACACGACUGGUGGAGGUAUCAAGGCCAGCUCGAUAUUGCGGAUGUUCAUGUGGCCAUUAACGCAAUGGGACAUGGGUAGUACUUGCAUGGUUAGUUGCGAGGCUCAUGACGUGUCUUUGGCUCCGUGUGGCACGCCACAGUCCUGCAAGGGACUGGCCACAGUGGCGAACUUCCAGCGAAAUUAUGUGGAAGUAAGGCUACCGGCUUUCAUGACAACAAUAGACGAGACCACCUCGCACACCUUGCAUUUCAGCGGCUUGCAGUUCCCUAGGGGGGGGUUCUUCCCGUCCAGAUUGGGUGCGGAAAUAUCAAAGCCCGACGGCACCAGGCCCCACUAUAUCGAGUCAGUCGGCGCAUUCAUGUACAAACCUCCAGACGAAGGGCAGAUGGUUGGCAGAUUAGUGAGUUUUUUUGGAGAUGGAAACGAAAAGCCGUUCGCUGGAGAUACUAAUAAUGUUCUAUACGCAAAUAUUGUGAUGGCUGCCACACUCUAUUCAGCAAGUCAAACAGGCGAUGCUCAGAUGAAGAUAACCCUUCCCGUGGGAUACGUAUGCUUGCAACCAGAUGAUGUGGAUGGCGAGUCUGGUUGGAAGAACCAGGUUAAUUUGGGCGUUUUCGGUGGCCAGACCCCCCAGGGCAUUGGUGCCCCGGACAACAGAGAUGCAGCCACCCGUGGAUGGACAGUGUCUGAUAACACUUGCACCUACAAGUUGCGGCAGAACUCUAUCAUUUUCGCGGGCACUUCGUUGAUGUUGCGCAUCACGGUCAGCAAUCCGCCACACGCCCUCCAGCGCGACAACGACACCAACGGCUGGCAGGUAACAUUGUCAUCCAAGGGCCACAGCACCGAGACUGUUGAAUUCCCAGCCGUUUCGUUUGCCACCGCAAAGACAAGCUACAGCAAGAGUAUGGCUGUGCUCGGCCACGUGACGGACGCGACCCUGGUCCCCACGAACUUUGCGCUGACGCCCGAUGCGUUUGAGCCGUCUGAAGGUCACUUGCGGUUCUUUUUCCGCGCGCAGCAGUCCACCGGUGUCUUCUCACGCUUGCAUCUGCACGCGCCAGAUAUUUUCGAUUUCACUGCUUGCGAGGCACAAGAUUUGGAAAACAUGUAUUACGCCACAGGAAGCGCCGGAAGGACGAGGCGAUUGCCAGGCAUCAUAUCUUGCCGGCAUUUCGCGGAACCAUAUUCUUAUGUGGAGGUCAGCCUCGAAGGCGAGGUAUUAGCUGGGGAGCGUUACGCUUUCAGCAUCUCAGUUGUGAACCCAGAAUCCGUCAGCCCUGGCCUACUCAACGGUACUUUCCAGCUUUACACGCUCAGUAGUGAGGGCCAUCACAUCGACGGCACUCAGGAGACAAUCUCAUUCGUCGACCCGCAUGCCGCUAGUUUGGAUUGGGGUGGCCGUGCUGUAGAGAGCUUCAGCAUGUAUCGCACCCGACUUAACAGCCCGCUGGUGACUUGUGCAGGCGUCAACGUAUCUAGCAUGUUGCCUUACAGUCUCUCGAAGGAGAAAGCGAUGGUGACGAUUUCUCCCCUGUGCGUGCCAGAAGCCGUGAGCACGACACUUCGUAUCAUUGCCCCGCAUGGCUUCAUAUGGGAUUUCGCUGACAGCAAUUUCUCUGGCAACUUGCCAGGCGGAGUCCCGCAACGGAAGGGCAACGUGCUAUUGUGGCCCACGCCAGUGAUGUACGAGUCCAGGGCUUUUGCUAUGUACUCUUUCCAGGCGACGUUACAGGUGCCAGACGCAUCUCCGACUGGUACUGUCAAUGAUUUUAUUUUCGAAUUCGGUUACGACGCCACCACUGUAGAUGGUCGUGUGUCUGCGGCUGCGGUGCCAGCUCCAUUAGUACGCUCUUUGGCGAACGCGGUGCUGGACUAUGAGAGCAACGUGGCAGGAGCGCAGACCAAAUUGAUUUUUCAAAUUCAGACCAUCACGGACAUCCUAAUGGGCGGUAACCUCACCAUCACUGGGCCCGCAGGUUUCCAGUUGUUCACGGGCUGCAUGUUGGAGCCAGCCCCGAGUGCCAGGGGAAGCCCGUACGACGCGGAACCUCUGGCAGACAGCGAGGUGCCCGCCGCGGCCGCUCAGGCUGCAGGCUCGGCAGCAAGUGGCAACUCGACGGUCCAGCUUCAGGAGAUGCUGGAGCGGCAGCAGCCUAGGACAGCGACCUACAUGACGCACAUCAGGGAGGUGAUCGCGAGCUUCGAGACCGUGACUAGGAAGACGAUGGCUGCGUCCUUGGCCGAUCUGGGACAGUAG